CUGGGCACACAUUGAGACUCCUUCAGUAGACUUCAGUUCACUCGGGCAGGGUUUUAAAAUAAAGAGUCUUGCGGCGUUGUGUUGGAGAACAGUCCCAGGGUGAGGCGCCAUGGCUCAGUUUAACGCCCUCGUCGUCCCCCCCGAUCCGAAUGCAGACCGCUGCCUCAGCGACGACAGCCUUCUGGUGGAUUCUUUGAUAACCACGCCGCCUCCGUACGGGUGGUGUCUGGAGGCCGAGGGCGCUGCGGACUGCGGAGGCCUCGGUGAGAGCAGUGAGCCCCCGAGCCAGUUUGAGGAUGGCAGUCCCUCCCCAGACAUCUCUGCAGCUCUCCGAUCUUUGGCUGGAAUGCACGGGUUGAACCUGAUGAAACCCUCCCUGACCCACAUGUACAGACUGUUCUCGGUACCUGAAUUUGAGGACAGUCACAUUUUGUCGCCAGCGGACUUUCAAAAUGAAAGUAGCGACGGGCCUGCGGAUCCGGCUGAGGGAGAACUCGGUGACCCGUUCCAGUCGAAGUUUGUUCAUUACUCUCCACUGUAUCAGGAGUACUUUUGGCGGGUGUGGAAAGAAAAUCCAGCCAGCCCGAAGCCCGACUUUGUGUCGGAGCUAAUAAGGCCCCGACGCGUGUUGGACGUGCAGCAGCCGGCCCCCAGCCGACGCUUCUCCGACGCGACGUCCCCCGCGUGCAAACCCCUUGAAGUGACCCUUUGUUCCCCUCUACCUCCCCGGGUCAAGUCUGCUCCAUACACCCUCUGGCGAGAGCUGAAAGAGGUCCAGCAAUCUGGUCUCCUCAGCGGCAUGACAACCAGAGAGCUUUGCCUUCAGGAGGCAAAGUUCGAGUUGAUCAGCUCUGAAGCGUCUUACCUAAAGAGCCUCAGAGUUGUCGUCAAUCACUUCUGGGCGUCUGAGGCCCUCAAAAAGGCCCUGAAUCGGAUGGAGCAUCAUUUUUUGUUUUCCAACAUCGCAUGCGUGAUGGCAGCCAGUGAGAAGUUUUUAAUAGAUCUGGAAACGCGACUGGGUGAGAGUGUGCUGAUGGCUCAGCUCGGAGACGUUGUGCUGCAGCACUGCACCAAGUUUCAAGUCCUCUAUGUGCCGUAUCUGACCAACAUGAUGUUCCAGGAGAAAAUGUUCAACCAUCUGCUGCAGCAGAACCGAGAGUUUCUAUCUUCAAUCAAGAAGCUUGAGAGUAACCCAGUGUGUCAAAGACAGAGCCUGAAGUCAUUCCUUGUCCUUCCCUUUCAGAGACUCACUCGCAUUAAACUCAUCCUCGAGAGCAUCCUGAAGCUGACUGAGCCAGACUCUGACUCAAUUUGCAAUCUUGAAAAAGCAAUCGAGGCGAUCCAUCAGAUGGUGAUGGAGUGCAACAAAGGGGUGGAAAGAUACAUACAAACCGAGGAACUGGUCAGACUGGAAAUGCAGCUGGACUUUGACAAAGUUAAGUCAGUCCCGCUGGUUGCAAGCGGGCGCUUUCUGGUGCGCCAAGGUCCCAUGAGACAGCUGCACGCUGAGGUCACCAACGCGUCCAGAGUGUCCUUCAUCAGCAUCCACCUCCACCUUUUCAAUGACCUUUUGAUCAUCUCGGAAAAGGCUCUGAAGUUCAAAGUGAUGGCUCACGCAUCGACCUCGUCUGUGCACGUUAAGCAUCUGGAUAGUGAGGCCUGGGGUCUACCCACACACUCGUUCCUGUUGACUCUCUCCCAGAGUCACAGCGGCCAACAGACGGCCAUGGUACUUGUUGCCAACACAAGGGCGGAUAAAGAGACGUGGAUGAAGGAGCUGUCGUCGAAACGGUGACGGAAACGUGAUGACUCAUGACUCACAGAUGACUUGAUUUUAUACGAAGGCCGUUUUUGACUUGCACAUUGCUUGAACACUUUACUAAUCGAAA